AUGGAAUUUGCGCCUUCAUCUCCUAUCGCCUCUCCUCCUCGAUCAAGCAGUCCUGCCCCCACUAACUCGAGUUCUGCGACUCGGGUUGAACCAAUCUCAUUUGAUUUUAAUAAGAAGACAAAUUAUUUGAACUCUCCUCAUUUGAUGACAUCUGACAUAGGCUCUGGUUCUGAUGCAGGUUCUCCCAGUGUUCCCCUCUCCCCAGUUGAUGAGGUGCCUCAACCCCAUGAGGCAAGGCAGAGUAUAUUGUAUAAUGUACCCAAGUCUCCGAAUGCAAGGCGGAGCAUAUUGUACAGACACCUUAAAUCUCCUUCGCACUCUCGCCUCAAAUCUUCUUCCUGGCAGCCUGGAAAGCCUUACACCAAAAUCUCUGUAUCUCCUCCCCGUCGUGGUCAGCAUCUAAUCGAGCGAAUGUCAAAGAAAAACAUUCCAUACACUUCCCAUCCAGCUCCACUGGAGCUUCGAUUUGCAGCUCGUGUAUCAGGGCAAGGAUUUAAACCAGAAUUCACGGCCGAAGAAAUUCAUGAGCGAGAGGAAGCAAUUUCCAAAGGCUUCUCACACUUGAGCCUUGCAACUUUGUACGAAUUGUUCAAAUCCAAGCUCACUGGCCAAGAAGCUGCAUGCCAACGUCUUGUGAUGACGACAUGGGAGCUCGAGGCAUCAGAACGGUACACAACGUUUCUCAAUGGACUUCAUCAUGAGAACAAGGAUCGCCUCCUUUCCAGCGAUGAAGAGUUGAAAUGGAUCAGAAGCGUUUUUUCUGACCGGUCACAAGAAGAACUUGAGGACGAUAUCAACUACCUUCAAGCCAUUUAUGACGAUGAUUGCGAGAUACUUUGGGCUGUAGCUGCCCAAGCGGAUGUUCUCAAAAAGCAUUUAGGAUCACGUGUCCAAGCAGAUAUAUUGGGUUCCAUGGGAGAGUCUUCCCACUUGCCCCAAUUUGUCGGUAAAUCCUCUGGUACAGACGAUAGCAUGAAUGAUGACGAUGAUCAAAUCAAUGGGUAG